CUCCGUGGGAGCCGUUUCGCCGGACAGCCGAGCCCAGUUCAAAAUCAGUGUUCUAACCCUAAACUCUCCUCCCCCGCUAACCGCGAUUGCGACGGGAACCACCGCUUCGAUUUUCUCGAACCGGCGAUGAUCGGCAUUGCCGGUAGAGGAAUCAGAAAAAAAGCCAUCAUUUAGAUUCUUUUUCUUCUUUCUGCUUCAUCGACCUUACACUCCCAAUUGUUUUGUUGAUGGCAUCUCGUAUACCAAGUUCCUCCAAGCCAAAAAAGCAUAAUCUGGUUGAGCUGCUAUCUGCCAAUGGUUCAACAAAUGAUAGAUAAGUUUAGUGGGUACAGAUUGCCUAGCAGUGGACGUGCCAUGCCUGCUGGAGACAAGCAACAUCCAAUCUCAGUAAAAAAGGUGGCUUUAAGGGAGUUGCCAAAUGAAUCUAGGAACAUCAUUACUAAGCCGCCCGGAACCUCUCCUCUUCCUAAAGACAAAGGAAUCACCCCAGAUUCUGUGAAGGAAGUUGGUACUAAGAGGCCACAGCCUGAUGAUCCAUCAAGUCCUUCCAGUCACCAGGCCCCAGGCAACAUUGGUCCAAAUGGACAUCUUGUGUAUGUACGUAGGAAACUUGAAACUGAGCAAGGCAAGAUGAGCACUUGUCUCAAUAUGGAUAGUGCUGAUACUCCCGAGUCAAGGAAAUCUGGCAACAAAACAAAAGAACAAAAUCUGCGGCAGGGUCAGACCCAAGAGCCUAAGGAGGCUUCUCAUCCUGUGCCUAUGCCAGUGGUAUCUCUGGCUACUUCAUCUGGUGGAUCGUCAGUUUUCCCCUGUCCAGGAAGGCCCAUCACUGGAAUGGCUGUGCCAGAACCACACGAUUCAAUGGUCACUUCCGCGACAGCUGUUCAAGCAGACCCUCCGAGAUCGGGUAGUCAAGAAUGGAAAGAAAGGUUUAUUCGGCUGCAGAUGUUCUUGAAGAGCUGUGACCAGUCAAGCCAGGAGGAAUAUAUUCGAAUGCUUCGAUCUUUGUCGGCGGUCGGUCGAAGCAGGCAUGCUGUUGAGUUGGAGAAGAGAGCAAUACAUCUCUUAUUGGAGGAAGGUAAGGAGUUGCAUCGAAUGAAAGUUUUGAAUGUUCUGGGAAAAGCUCCAUCCAAGGAUCAUACGUCAAUUUCAAAUCAGACCCCUUCUCCUCUACAGGCACAGUUUCAGAAAUAGAAGACAGUAGGUACCGUCCAAUUAGUCUGUUUUUUAAGUUAUGGAUGGGGAAGCAAGGAUUUUCUUGCUCUUGUUGAGAGCAGGAGACUUCCGCUUUUUUGUAUCUUUUUGGCAUGUUGAAUCAAAUGUUUGUGCUUGCAAGUGUUAAACACUUUGUUUGGUGCGAUUUAGCUUCUGUUGCUUUAGUUUAAUCCAAGCAACUAUGGGAAAUACAAUGCAACUGUUGAGAAUG